AAUGCUGAAUAUUACAAUAAAUGCCAAUAAAUAUAAUAAGCACGUGCAUGUUGAAAUAUACUUUAAGUAUAUUGUCAAAUACCCGGAUGGAAAUCGCUAUGAAAAUAAUGGGGAUGAUAAUGUGAUGUAAGAGGGGAGAAUACAUAUUUCAUCACAUAUCUACUGUACUGAGCGAAUAAAUCAGACGACCAAAAAUAUAAACACAAAAUAUUUCAAAUGCAGAAGAUAACUCAAACUCCCAUUGGUGCGUCUCUAUUUGAUUUACGUUUUCAAGUCCUUUUUAAAUGUGGGAUUAUUUGAAGGGUCAUAUUUGUUGUCUUGAGUGAAUAGGGCCUUUACCGUAUAUGGCUCACCAAAGACCAAAGAGAAGGGGGAGAAGUGUCUAUGUAUUCAAUUUACCACUUUAAAAUUCCAGUGUGAUUCGUAUUGUGCAAUCUCAUUGGAAGGAGAGAAAGGCGAAAGAGAUGGAAGAGAAAAAAUGCCUGCUCUCGGGUUUGCGCUGGGGUCCCCCGGCGCAUGCAAUCACAGCCCCCCCCUCCAGGGUGCUAUUUUGCAGACACUAACGCACGCUAUUGGUCAGCGCCUGGUCAGAUGGUAUGGUUUCCCUCUGUCCCGCACUGGCACAUCGCCACCCAGCGCCCCCCCUCAACUAAAACCCAAUCUCCGAUAAACUACUAAUAGCUAAACCAGUUGGACUAUAAAACACAACAAAUCAUAAACCAAGGAAAAGAACCUGUACCCUCCCAAUGAGUUCCUAUUUUGUAAACUCAACUUUUCCAGUGACUCUGCCUGGAGGACAAGAGUCUUUCUUGGGACAGAUACCGUUAUACUCCUCCGGAUACACUGAUCCUUUAAGACACUAUCCUGGUGCUGCCUAUGGCGCUACCAGCGUUCAAGACAAGGCGUAUCCAUCCUCGUAUUACCAGCAGGCGAACGGUGCCUAUGGCCGGGCCAGCGCCGCCGGUGCAUGCGACUACGCAGCAGCCAGCUUUUACAGGGAAAAGGACCCCGCCUGCACCCUCGCCAGCAUAGAGGAACAUUCGCUCGUCCUGAGCCAAGACCAUCGCAAGACGGACUGCUCGGGGCAAAAUAAAAGCAUAUUCGGGGACAGCGAGGACCAGAAGCCCUCGACGCCCGUUUAUCCGUGGAUGCAGAGGAUGAACUCGUGUAACGGGACCUUCGGUAACCCUGGUCGAAGGGGUCGUCAGACGUACACCCGCUACCAGACGCUCGAGCUGGAGAAAGAGUUCCAUUUUAACAGGUACCUUACCCGGAGGCGCCGUAUCGAGAUCGCGCACGCACUGUGCCUAACAGAACGCCAGAUCAAAAUUUGGUUCCAGAACAGAAGGAUGAAGUGGAAAAAGGAGAAUAAACUGAUCAACUCCUCUCAGACCAGCGGAGAGGAGGAGGAAGAGAAGAGGUCAGAGUAAAGAAAAGAAGAAGACAAAAAAUGCAUAAAAUGGCUUAUGGCAUCAUCUUCGGAUAUCCUACACAUAUGAAGAUACUACCUUCAUAUGUCCAAAGCUCCCACCGGUAAAGUUGUGUUUGGUAAAUUUGUUGUAGCAUUCCAGAAGUUCACUUAACUGUCUAUUUUUGUUAUUGUUAUUGUCAUUUUAUGUUUCUUUAAAAAAAAUCAUGAUUCUGGUAACUGAAUGACAGUGUUUUUGUGCGCUUGCCUCUUGAUUUCGGAUGUGGCCCAAAAAAUGAUUGGUCAUGUUUAACGAAACUAUUUGAAAUAUAUGUCAUAUUCGUGUUCAUAUUUAAACUGUAUAGAAAUAAAAGGAAAUUCUCAUUGUAUGGUGAAUUAAUGUAUUUCUUUUGUAAAAUUUUGUUAAAUACCCAGCUAGAUCUAGUUGUUUUGUUGACUUGUUGUAUGGUUUCAUGGGGAGAACAUACUCGAUCUACUGAUAAUUCAAAAAUACCAAAAGACUGGGUCAAAAGUUUAUAUUUUAUGGAUUUUAUACGUGGUUUAUGUUUGUGGUUUUGUCACAAAUAGGUAUCUACUUACGAAAUCAUUCAAUAAAAUGUAAUAAUUAUUCAACCUGU